AUGGAAUCGAUUGAGAAUAGGCCAUCAACUUGCUUUGAGCCGUCAACGUCGAGAGAGCGAAUAUUUGUGAAAGAUAAGCCGAGCCCACUUCGAAUCAUCAAAAGAUCUCGUAAACACACCGUAUAUGAUGAGAACACCCCCAAAGGUAGCUGUACAGCCGCAUAUGUUGACGUCAGCCCGACUGGCAGCCCUCCUGGAGCAUUACUACGUUCUGUUGAUGGGACUUUGAGGAUUCCGAGGCGGCGACCAAAGACUGUAUCCGAAGAGAAACACGGGAAUGACGCGGCAACAGGCGCAGGACGAUCUUCGCAGAGAUCAAGCCUCGACCACAGGUCGGUGAGCAGGGUCGAGAUCGACGAUAUUACCGAACAGGACAGCACGCAUCGAAUCCCAUCCUUUUUUCGAUACCCAACAGCAAAAAUGAAGGCGUUUCGACGAAAGCGCCAUAGCGUUAUAAGUAAUCUUGAGGAUGGAGAUGGAGAUGGCAACCUGUCGACGUGUAUACUCACCAAUGAGUGCAGUGGGCGGCGAAAUUCUUCAUCCCGAGCAAGCUCUAGAUGUACAAAUUAUGAUCCGAAAGGCGCAUAUUGCUCUAUAGACUCAUCUGUAUUAUCAACCCCAUCGCUUCGGGAGAAAUCUACCUAUGUCUUGUCUCCGUAUAUCCGCGUGGUAUCACAAACGGCGGGCAUAUCUACAGGUCAGCAGCACAUCUGGGCUGCAGUCGAGGUAAGUGGCAGGCUUUUCUCGCCUAGCGACGGCCCUGAGCUUGAGCCUCAGAUGACACCGUACUCAGAUCAAGAUGCUCAUUCGAGGUUCGGCUGCCUCUACAAUCUAACAGUAGACAUAUUACCCAAGCCAAAGUCAUCUCUCCUUCAGACUACAUGCCUGCAGCAAUUUCCAACCACCAUGUUUGUGGGAUCGAGCAUUCUUCUUCUUGUACAUGUCAUGUGCCAAUCAAGAACAGCAUUUUCUUCUUCCUCUUCUUCUAGACAACAAAAGCACAUCAGGCAAAGGUCAGAUGAACUGAUAGAAGAUCUCCAGCUACAACUUGGAGAUUCUCUCAUGACUUAUAUGAGUAUUCAUGUGUCUUAUUCACACUCUGCAUUCCCUUCCAAGCCGGCUUCGGCAGGAUCUGUUGAGAUAUCUUCGCUUCAUACUAAACUCAGCACGACAGCGGAAGCAACUAUAAAGCUACACAAUGAGCUCUCGCCAUGGUCCCCUCAUCCAAUAUUGGUCAAAGAUCGGUUAUUGCCACUGAUUAAAAGCCACUGGGGCCCCCGAAAAGCAUCCGAAGCGAUGCAGCAGAUGUUGAAGAAGCGUUCUACCCUAACCUCAGAGCAUACUAAAGCUCUAACAGAGGAGCUUGAUCAGGAUAUAACGCAGGAGCUUCCACAUCACCGUUAUUCUCCAGCAAUUGAUCCAAGGCAAACGAGUAUCCAAGGAACGCGACAAAUGAAUGUCAAGUCGCGCCCUUCAAGUCACCCUCUACCAGUGGCAAGAGUUUCGUAUGACUGGGAAGCUGGAAUGAGGGGGGUAUCUGAUGGGAAAGUUGCUGGAACAGGGAAAUCUGGGAAAUCAGGCAAAGGAAGAAAAGAAGGAAAAGAAGCCUCUUUGGGUGACAGAUGGUCAGCGACACCGGGUGUCCUUGGAAGCCCGACAUACAAUCUGGCGAGCGACAUGUAUGGUGACCGCGACGAAGAUGGAGAAGAUGACAAGAGGAACAAGGGCAAAGACCAGAAACACGGGGCUGCGGGAGAUGAUGGGGGAAAGAAGAAUGCUGGUCUUUGGACUUGGGCAACGUGGUUUUAG